AUGCCUAUCAUUCCAGGAGAUAAGGAUCCAGAGAUCAAGAACAAUCUCGCAGAGGGCGCCAAAGGUGCUGAGCAGGCCAAGGCAGAGAGGACUGGCGGUGUUGCGUCGACAGAGCACCACAAGGCCAACCCGGGACCAGUGAUCGCGGAAAACCUCCCGGAGGCUGCCAGCAAAGAAGAGCUCAAGAAGCGUGCAGAGGAGCUGAACAAGAAGUAG